CUCUUGUUCGCCAAGAGUUUUGGAACAGUGAACAGAAUUCGAUUUACCGCCGCUUCCCUUUGGAACCAACAGCUUACCUGCAUUUCGACUGUGUGACACACGAUGCGUUGGUCUUCGGUUGCCGUUGCGCUGGCGAGCGCCAAAUCCUUUGCCGUGGCGCUGGAUCCCGUCUCCGUCGUGGGAAACAAGUUCUUCAACAAGGACGGCUCGCAGUUCUUUAUCAAGGGCAUUGCGUACCAGCUUGUUCCGCAGGACCCCCUCGUGGACACUGACCAGUGCAAACGCGAUGCUAAGCUCAUGGCCGAGCUCGGAACAAACACCAUCCGCGUCUAUCACGUCGACCCGGACGCCGACCAUGACGGCUGCAUGAGUGCGUUUGACGACGCCGGCAUCUACGUCCUUGCUGAUCUGGAUACCUUUGAUACCUACAUUAUUCCCCAAAAUAACUACUGGAAUAAGACAAAGUUCGACAGGUAUGCCGAGGUCCUGGACACGUUCCAAAAGUACGACAACCUCCUGGGCGUCUUCGUCGGAAACGAGAACAUCGCUACUAAAGAUGACUCGCCCACGGCGCCCUACCUCAAGGCUGCUGCCCGCGACAUGAAGGCGUACCGCGACGCCCAGGGCUACCGCGAGAUCCCCGUCGGCUACUCGGCCGCCGAUAUCUUGCAGCUUCGCCCCAUGCUCCAGGACUACCUGACCUGCGGCGGCAACUCGUCCGAGACAGUCGACUUCUUCGCCCUCAACUCGUACUCGUGGUGCGACCCCAGCACGUACAAGGAGUCCACCUACGACCAGCUUGAGGCCUACGCCAAGAAAUUCCCCGUGCCCAUCUUCCUCUCCGAGACAGGCUGCAUCGUUCCCGGCCCUCGCCAGUUCGACGACCAGGACGCCAUCUUUGGCCCUGAGAUGGUCAAUGACUGGAGCGGCGCCAUCAUCUACGAGUGGAUUCAGGAGGAAAACGGCUACGGAAUUAUAACAUAUGCCCCAGCCGGCCAAGCUGCUGGACCCAACGUCGAGGGUGGCUUCCUUCGCAAGGGCACUCCCACGCCAAAGCUGCCCGACUUCACCGCGCUCAAGUCCAAGUGGGCGACCAACACCCCUACCGGCGUCAGCCGAGACGACUACGACGCAAAGGACGUGUCGACCCGUGCGUGUCCUUCGUCCACUGCCGGCGGCUGGUGGCAGGUGGAUGGCGAUGCCAAAUUGCCCACCCUGGGCCAG